CAAAAAAAUCAGCCGAUCAACGUUUGAACUAGAAAUCAGGCCGUUCGAUUUUCCCAAAAAAAAAAAAAAGGAAUAAAAAAUAAACGACGUGAAUAUUACGAUUAGGCCACCAAAUAAAAGUGGGAUUGUUUUUCUCUUUCUUUCUCUCUCCGACAAUCGAAUUCUAGGAAGAAAAAAAAACAAGGAACUAGUAAAAAAAGUUUACCAAAAGGAAAAAGAAAAUAUACAGAGAGAAAAAAGGCUAAAAAACUUGAAAUCUUCAAUAAUGGCGGUUCAUGGGGUUACUAGGUUUUUGUGAUCAGUGAUUUCGUUAGAGAUUAUCAAUGGAAAUGCCCGGUCGAAGAUCCAACUAUUCUCUUCUUAGCCAGCAUCCUGACGACCAGUACUCCGUGUCCAUGUCAGGAGCUCCGCCUCUGUAUUACGAUUCACUUUCGAGCGAAGGCACGAGUAAUAAGAACAGCAAAGUGAAAUUGGAUAGAGGUUUAAUUGAUUGGGAUCAAAAUCAGAGUCAGAACCAAAGCCAGAACCAGCAACAAGCUGGUCGAAUCGGCGGUGGCGGCGGGGGAGGAGGGAAUACUUAUGCUUCGUCGAUCGGUCUUCAACGAGAAUCGAGCGGGAGUAGCUUCGGUGAGAGCUCCUUAUCGGGAGAUUAUUAUGUGCCGACUAUUUCUACGACGGCGGCGAACGAGAUUGAUGCGUUCGUUUACGGCCACGAUGAGAGCUUUAGGCAUGGGGAUUUGAGAACAAAAGUUUGGGGUUCUUCGUCGGGGAAAAGCUGGGCGCAGCAAACGGAGGAGAGUUAUCAGUUGCAGUUGGCGUUGGCUUUGAGGCUUUCUUCGGAAGCUACCUGUGCUGAUGAUCCAAAUUUUUUGGAUCCGGUUCCGGAUGACACUGCAGUUCGGACGACUAGCUCAAGCUCUGUGGAGACAGUUUCCCAUCGGUUCUGGGUGAAUGGCUGCUUAUCAUACUUCGACAAAGUUCCUGAUGGGUUUUAUUUAAUUCAUGGAGUUAAUCCAUAUGUCUGGACUGUGUGCACUGAUCUGCAUGAACAUGGUCGAAUUCCAUCAAUUGAAUCUCUAAGAUCUGUUGAUCCUGUUGUUGGUUCACUGCUAGAAGUGAUAUUAGUUGACCGAAGAAGUGAUCCUGGCUUAAAGGAACUCCAAAAUAGAGUCCAUAACAUUUCUUGUAGCUGCAGAACCACAAAAGAAGUUGUUGAUCGGCUAGCAAAGCUUGUCUGCGGUCGCAUGGGGGGUUCAUCUACUACAGGAGAGGAUGACCUUGUUUCCUAUUGGAGGGAGUGCAGUGAUGAUUUAAAAGAUUGCUUAGGUUCAGUUGUGGUUCCUAUAGGUAGCCUAUCUGUUGGCCUUUGCAGACAUCGAGCUUUACUAUUCAAAGUGCUAGCUGACGCAAUUGAUCUACCAUGCCGAAUUGCAAAGGGCUGCAAAUAUUGUAAAAGAGAUGAUGCUGCCUCCUGCCUUGUUCGCUUUGGGCUUGACAGGGAGUAUCUUGUUGAUUUAAUUGAGAACCCAGGUUACUUAUGCGAGCCCGAUUCCUUGCUCAAUGGUCCAUCUUCCAUCACAAUUUCUUCCCCAUUGCGUUUUCCACGUCUCAAAGCAGCUGUAACUGCCAUUGAUUUCAGGUCAUUGGCCAAACAGUAUUUUUCAGACUGUGAAUCCCUUAAUCUUGUAUUUGAUGAUGCUCCAGCAGGUACUACUACGGAUGAAGAAAAUCCUGGAUUCUCUCUUUAUCCCAAGAAACUUGGUAAGAUUGGCACAGACAGAAAUAACCUUGUGGAGAUCUCAAGUAAACAGUUGCCCCUACCUCCUAAUAUUGCUCGGCCAACUGAUCAUGAUAGAGAUUCCCACUAUUCGGAGUCUAUAACACUCUCAAAGAAUAUUAUUAAAAAGCGCAUCUCUAAACUAGGGCAUAGAGAUCUCCCAGUUCUAGUCUUGUCUGACCCAAUGGGGGAUGCUACUAAGGAUUCAAGGUUUGCUGAGGGCAGUCAACUUGUUCCCAGCAAAAGAAGCAAGGAACUUUUCCUUGAAGUUGAUGAUUUGGACAUUCCAUGGAGUGAUCUUGUUUUAAGAGAGAAAAUUGGUGCUGGUUCUUUUGGAACUGUGCAUCGUGCUGAAUGGAAUGGCUCUGAUGUUGCUGUGAAAAUUCUCAUGGAACAAGACUUGCAUGCCGAACGCUUCAAAGAAUUUUUGAGUGAGGUUGCAAUAAUGAAAUGUCUACGGCAUCCAAAUAUUGUUCUUUUUAUGGGAGCGGUUACUCAACCCCCAAACUUGUCCAUAGUGACAGAAUACUUAUCAAGAGGUAGCUUGUAUAAGCUAUUGCAUAAGCCUGGUGUUAGAGAGGUGUUGGAUGAGAGGCGUCAGUUGAGUAUGGCCUAUGAUGUUGCAAAGGGAAUGAAUUAUCUUCAUAGACGCAAUCCUCCUAUCGUUCAUAGAGAUUUAAAAUCCCCAAAUCUUUUGGUUGAUAAAAAAUAUACAGUGAAGGUUUGUGAUUUUGGGCUUUCUCGGUUGAAGGCAAACACAUUUCUUUCAUCCAAAACAGCAGCUGGAACUCCUGAGUGGAUGGCUCCAGAAGUUCUUCGUGACGAGCCAUCAAAUGAGAAGUCUGAUGUAUACAGUUUUGGUGUAAUUUUGUGGGAGCUUGCAACGUUGCAACAACCAUGGGGCAACUUAAACCCACCACAGACAAUACUCCAUUGCUUCCAAGUUGGUUGGAAUUAUAAUCAGAUGGCAACUAAAAUUUUCUUGGAGGGGAACAAACCGAUUUUAUAAGCACAUUGAACAGCAGUGUUGUACAACCUGAGCUAUAGAUCACAUGCUUGAAUCUCAUUUGAAAGAUGAACUCUCUGGGUAUCUUAAUGCUGAAUGCAGACAUCCUAAGUUGAGAUAAAGUUCAAAUUUGUCUAUUUAAUGUUUGCAAAUGAGGACCUCAAUUUUGUUCCUCUGAAAAAGGUGUGAAGCUAAUCACAAUUAGGCAUUUGCUCUUUAAAUUUGGCAGCUUGCAUUGAAGUAGCUAUGUUUUGUACUUUGUGGACUGGCGUACCCCUCAAUGUACAUUAACUAUUGAUAUAUCAGUGCUUUUUUUAUAAUUAAUACCUUUGAAAUUAGGUUUUCUACUACUCAAACUAUUUUGUAAGUUUUACAUAAUUGUCAUGCAAGGAUAUCUUCUGGACUCUGGAGCUAAAUUUCUAACGAGCAUAGCCCAAUGUAAACUGCCUUGUAGGUUGUAGCAGCUGUUGGUUUCAAAUGCAAAAGGCUUGAUAUUCCUCAUGAUUUGAAUCCUCAAGUGGCUGCAAUAAUUGAGGAAUGUUGGGCCAAUGAGCCUUGGAAGCGUCCUUCA